AAAAUAAAUAAUUUGAUAAAAACUGUUUCUUGAUUUUUGAUACUUAUUACAUUCAUGUUUUGAAUACCUGUUAUAGCUACAACUAUAGAACACAAAUUAAUAAUUUUUCAAGUAAAGGAAUAGGUAAUAAUUAUUACAAACCUAUUUUAAUAUAUUCCUUGACCAAAUAUAAAUAAUAUUCAUUUUUUAUUUUAGGAUUUGAAAAAUGGAGAUGCCAACAAAAUGUAAGAGAGACAUGGCAACAAUAGAAUAUGUGGAACCCAAAACUAAAUCAUUUACAUUCACAUCUACAGUAUUAGGAGUAUGUUUAUAUAAUCAUAUAAUGCGUUUUGAUAAUUGUAUUUUUGUUGUAAUUAGUCAAGAUAAUACUUUUUCAUCCUUAUCUGUAGCUAUGACACAACGAAAUAGCACAAAUACAAUAGCUAGUACUAUAUUCAAUAGAGACCCAGAUAAUAGAUCUGAAUCAAUAGCAAAUUUAUUAAUAAAAAGUUUAAAAAUACCAGUUCCAAUCUAUGUAAGUUUUAAUGCAAAAAUUGAAAAUGCCGGAUUAAAAUGUGUAAUUUCUAGUUUAAUUGCGAAUUUUAAGUCUCAUCCAGAUCUAAUUGAUAUUUUUGUUUAA